ACAGGCCUAUGACUCAUCAUAUGACAUAUACAUACACACCCCUCCCUAUGUAUGCAUCUAUACAAUACUAUACAUGUGUCAAUGUGUGUGUGUUCAUAUUCAUUGCCAGCUAUGAACACAAUCUAUGAAAAAUUCACAAUCUUGCUUGGCCUUUACUACUACUGUUCAUCCCUUUUUGCCUUUUCUCUCUUUCUUUUCCCCUCUCUGGUUUUUCCUCCAUUGCAAACCAAGCUUCCUUUUGUUUGUACUAUUAAUUAUUUUUAGUUUUUCUUCACAUUUACACACCGCUGUCUCUCUCUCUCUCUCUCUCUCUCUCUCUCUCUCUUUGUCUUUCUAUCAAAUUCUUUCGUCCCAAUAAUCCACCCAUCCCCUACCCACCCUAAAAAUUUUCACCAUUUGAGGGGAGAUUGGAGGAACAAAUCUUCCCAAAUGUGAAAGAUUAGAUUCUUUUUGUCUGGAGAGAUUUUAGCUUUGGCAUUUGGGACUUUUUUUGGUUUUUGUUUUCUUGAAAAAAAUUCUCUUUGGCCCACUUUUGGGUUUUUGGCCAUACCCAUACCCUUCUGUGUUCUGCUUCCAAACUACUACUCCUCUUUCACCUGCUCAAUAUCCUUUUGUUUUCCUUAUCUUUCCUGGGUUUUCGGUGUUUUUUUAUAUCUGCAUUGUUGUGUCUAUGCUGAUUGAGUCUCUGUUGAGACCAAAAAGUGCCCUUUUCGUUUCUUUCGGUUCUCAGGGAAGAGGAAGAAGACGAAGAAGAAGAAGAAGACGAAGAUCAAGUGGGCAGACUUCGAAACACUUGCCAAAGGGAGUCUGAAACUCCAUGGAUUAGUUCUUGUUUGUGGUUGAAGAUUCAACACAUCUUGUUUACGGGAUUUGGUUUCAGAAGAUGUCGUCCGGGAGUUUGAACACCGAGUUAUCGAAAAAGUAUGGUGGAUUGAAGCUGUGGGUUCUGAUUGGAAUAUGUGUGGGAGCAUUCAUAGUUUUAAUUUUGGGAAUCUUGUCGGUAUGGGUCAUGUUUAGAAGAAAAUCGCGAAGAACAUUGGACAAGUACUCGCAGAGCCAAAUCCCCAAUGUGUCUAAGGAAAUUAGAGUCGACAGGGUGGGUGAACAAAGCACGUGUGAUCGCCCGGAUAGUAUGUUCUCGAGCAUUAAUGAUAAAAAAUCAAGUGAUAAGUAUUCUGAGAAGAUGCUGGUUCAUUUGGGGACGAGUAAAUCGAGCGAAGCCGACAACAUUAGCCAGUGUAGUUCGAUAUACCACAAUGAUAGGACCUACAGCUCGCAGUCGGGAGACGAGGGAAGUUCCGGAAAUGCUUGGAAGCAAGGUUCUUCAUCGUAUGGUCUUGUGAUGCCGUCUCCUCUGAUUGGUUUGCCGGAAAUGUCUCAUCUGGGUUGGGGACAUUGGUUCACGCUCCGGGACCUUGAAAUUGCGACGAGUCGGUUUUCACCCGAGCAUGUUAUUGGGGAAGGAGGUUACGGCGUUGUUUACCGAGGAAAAUUGGUUAAUGGGACAGAAGUAGCUGUGAAGAAGCUACUAAAUAACCUUGGACAAGCGGAGAAAGAGUUUCGGGUUGAAGUAGAAGCCAUUGGUCAUGUCCGGCAUAAGAACCUUGUCCGGCUCCUCGGAUAUUGCAUAGAAGGAGUUCACCGAAUGUUGGUGUACGAGUAUGUAAACAAUGGUAAUUUGGAACAAUGGCUACAUGGUGCUAUGAGGCAGCGCGGUAGCUUAACAUGGGAAGCACGAAUGAAGGUUUUGCUCGGCACUGCAAAAGCGCUCGCGUAUUUGCACGAAUCAAUAGAGCCGAAAGUCGUGCAUCGCGACAUAAAAUCGAGCAACAUCUUGAUUGACAACGACUUCAAUGCCAAAGUUUCCGACUUUGGACUGGCUAAGCUAUUGGAAUCCGGAGAAAGCCAUAUUACAACGAGAGUGAUGGGAACAUUCGGAUAUGUUGCGCCAGAAUACGCAAAUUCGGGCUUGUUGAAUGAAAAAAGUGACAUUUAUAGCUUCGGCGUUCUACUGCUAGAAGCCAUCACGGGAAGAGACCCUGUCGACUACGGACGUCCACCUGAUGAGGUGAAUGUUGUCGAGUGGCUCAAGAUGAUGGUGGCUAACCGGAAAGCAGAGGAAGUUGUUGACCCUAACAUCGAAGCCCCGCCGACGACACGGGCCUUGAAAUGUGCUCUUCUGAUAGCCAUCAGGUGUGUUGACCACGAUUCCGAGAAGCGCCCCAAGAUGAGCCAGGUUGUCCGAAUGCUGGAAACGGACGAGAUUCCUCGUCGCAAGGACCGGCGGGGGAGGAACAGCCAGACGAGCAUUGAAGUGGAGUCGGCAAAGGAGAGUGGUCCGACAGGUGAUGUGGAAAGCCAGGGGGAGCAAUGGGAUAGCCGUGCAUCCGAGAGGGACUAACAGAUGCGACAGCGAGUAAAUAUUCUGGCGAGGCGAGGCGACGGAUGGGUUGAAUUAUUGCAUUCAUCCAUUCAUCCCCUAUGAUUUUGGGACAGCUUUGGGAUGACAGACAAAAGCCUUUGCUUCCUUCAUUCAUAUUUUCGAAGAGAUUCCUCCGAAGGGGAUGAUGAUGAUGAUAUAUAUAUAUAUAUAAUUAUAAUAUGGCCCAUCCUGUUUGAAAUCAACCUAUCUCUCUCUUUCUCUGUCAUUAUAUGUAUGAGAUGACAUGUUUUUGGUUGUUGUGUACAGAUGAAUAGGGCAUUGUGUUUGUUUUUGUAUUGGAUUGGAUUGGAUUGCAUUGCAUGCGAUGACGAUUAUGAAUCUCCAUUUUUACAGUGUUUGCUGUUGUAAUGUUUGGCAAUUAAUUAAGAAUUAAAGGGUUUUGGUUUUU